CACACAGACACACACACACACACACACUUCAAAAGAUCAGACGACGCGCAGGACGCUCACGGUCCCUCUAAACAAACCCUCCUGGAUAACUUCAUUCGGACUUCUCAGUCACUCUACCCCCAAAUAUCAUUUGCUCUCUCCUGUGAGCGACACACAUCCUCCUUCCUGCCCUGAGAGUCCAAUUGUUGCCGUGUGUGUGUUGGUUGCUAGAUCUUGGAUGAAGGAGCGGAGCCCAUGCGGACUGCUGCCAUCUGACCCACUCUUAUCAAUGAAGCAGGAGAUCAUGGCGGAGGGUCCCCGGUGUAAGAGGAGAAAACAGGCCAACCCGAGGAGAAAGAACGUGCUGAGCUAUGAAAACGUGGUGGAUGCCGGUUCAGGGUCUGAUGAUGAGGACAGACUGCUGGGAUCUGAGGGUGAAGGCAGUCCAGCAGGUGUCCCGAGUCUGGAGGCUUCACCCCGGGUAGCCCAUGCCCUGCUCUCCUGUCGGGGUGAUGAAGAAAACGAAAGCCAGGAUGGGGCAGGAGCCCAUGUAUGGCGCCACGGGGAACUGAAUGGUUCAGAAGAGAGAAAAGCUGAGUACAACUCCAUGAGCCCUGACAUCUCUCUCCAUGGAAUUGGAAAUGGUACAGUUAAGGGGAUUGAUGCCUCUUCAGAGCUGGAAAGCUUCUUUGCCAAAAGGAAACUGGAUGACGGUGAGGGACAUGCAGCAAGCAUUGCCGAAUACCUGCAGGACACCGUUAUCAUUUACCCAGAGGAUCCAGAGGAAGGUACUCGACUGGGCACACCAGAGGCCAACGGACAAGAUGAAAAUGAAAACGAUCUGGCACUGAGGACGCCAGAUGCCUUUGCCCAACUGUUGACCUGCCCCUACUGUGACCGGGGCUACAAGCGACUGACCUCCCUGAAGGAGCACAUCAAGUACCGACAUGAGAAAAACGAUGAGAGCUUCCCCUGUCCCCUGUGCAGUGACACCUUCGCCUACCGCACCCAGCUAGAGCGCCAUAUGGCCACACAUAAACCUGCCAGAGACCAGCCUCAACUGCUAAAUGAAGGGGCUGGCAAUCGCAAAUUCAAAUGCACAGAGUGCGGCAAGGCCUUCAAAUACAAGCAUCAUUUGAAGGAGCACCUCCGGAUUCACAGUGGUGAGAAGCCAUAUGAGUGCUCCAACUGCAAGAAGCGUUUCUCCCACUCUGGCUCCUACAGCUCCCACAUAAGUAGCAAGAAGUGCAUUGGCCUUAUCUCUAUUAAUGGACGGGUGCGCCAUGGAGUCAACAACAAGUCUGGCUCAUCACCAAACUCUGCUGCAUCCUCCCCUGGCAGUCCUGCCUUAGCUCAGCUCCGUCACAAACUGGAGAACGGCAGGUCCAUGAGCCUCCAAGACCCAUCCGCUCACACAGACAUCAAGUCUGAACCCAUAGACUUCAAUGAAUACCGUCUUAUGAUUGCAUCUCAACAAGAAUACGGUGCGUCAGGAGCAUUUCUCAAUGGAGGUGGCCGUGGAGGUAGUCCUCCAGGGAUGCACAGUUCAUCUCAGAACCCCCUGCAACAUCUGGGUAUUGGGUCAGAUUCACAUCCAUUGGGCUAUCCAGGGUUCAUCAACAACAUGAGUGAGGUUCAGAAGGUGCUUCAGAUUGUGGACAACACAGUUUGCAGGCAAAAAAUGGAUGGCAACCCUGAAGAAAUCUCUAAGCUCCGAGCAUACAUGAAGGAAUUAGGCUCCCAGAUGGAGGAGCAGAAUCGGGUACUGGCCUCACAGCAAAGCUUCCUUGGCGUUGGUCACAACAGUCCCACCAAGACCAUCAUUGACUACACACUGGAAAAGGUCAAUGAAGCCAAAGCGUGUCUCCAGAGCUUAACAGAAGAUUCCAAGAGGCGGCUUAUGGAUAUCAAGAAAGAAAGACCAAGCCACGCCAUGGAUCUUCUAUCUGAAGACAAAGCACUGGAAAGGGAUGCACAGUAUGCACCUUUCUCUUGUCAGUAUUGCAAAGAGACAUUUUCUGGCCCUAUUCCAUUACAUCAACAUGAGCGCUAUCUCUGCAAGAUGAACGAGGAGAUCAAGGCUGUCCUCAAACCCAAUGAUACUGUACCAACUGGUCGCAGGGGGCUUUUUGGCUCAGAGCAGCAGGCUGGUGUGAUCUCCUCAUCCCUCGAGAGGAAUGCCACCAGCCCAGUCAACCCCUACAAGGAUCACAUGUCAUUACUGAACGUCUACUUUUCCAUGAACACAGAGCCCAACUCAGAGGAACUGAGGAAGAUCUCCAUGGCAGUGGGUCUUCCUCAGGAGUUUGUGAAGGAUGCAUUCGUUCAAUGGAAAGCCCAAUCUCACCAUAGCUUCUCUAGGAAAAGAUCUCCUCCUCCUGAGCGAAGUGGAGAGACCAACCAUGUCAGGGAUUCAGCAUUUGCCCGGUCACCGGUUUCUUUGGGGCAAUAUGGCGACUCAACAGCAGAAAUCCAAGCCAUCACCAAUGGGGAUUCAGGGCACAAGUUGUCCAGACCUCAUCAGAUUACAGGCACCAGGCAGACCAAUGAAAAGCCACUUGACUCUGUGGACCACUUGAGAGGUGAGACACCCUCACCUUUGAAUCUCUCAUCAUCAUCAUCCAAACACUCACAUAGCAGUUCAUACACGCCUAACAGCCUCACCUCUGAGGAUGCCCAUGGGGAACCACUAGACUUGUCUUUGCCAAAACAAGUUUCCAAGGCAGAACGGAGGGCCAAACCGAAUGGUUUUUCUAUUGAACACACUAGCAAUUCCACUGCACGUGAACCAGGAACAGAGCCUUUAAAUUUGGCCCACAUCAAGAAGGAGUUCAAUGGACCCAACAGUUUGGGCAAUGAAAAUCAGCUGGAGAAAAGCUCAAGUCCCAUCUUUAGCAUAAACCCCUUUGGUGGAGGCCACAUGUACACCUCUCUUCCACCACAUGGCGCAUUCCCUCCACCCACUUUUAUGUCAACGGCUCAAGCCAGCAUACCGGGCCUAAGGCCUUACCCAGGGCUGGAUCCCAUGAGUUUCCUACCACCUAUGGCUUAUACUUACGCAGCAGGAGCAGCCACCUUUGCUGAGAUGCAGCAACGUCGGAAAUACCAGCGGAAACAAGGCUUCCAGGGGGAUCUACUGGACAGCGCUGGGGACUAUCUGUCAGGGCUAGAGGACCUGACAGACAGCGAGUCGCUUCUCGCCCGGAAGAAGAUUAAGAAGACUGAAAGUGGUAUGUACGCGUGUGACUUGUGCGACAAAACAUUCCAGAAGACCAGUUCCCUCCUAAGACACAAAUAUGAGCACACAGGAAAGCGGCCUCACCAGUGCCAGAUUUGCAAGAAGGCCUUCAAACACAAGCACCACCUCAUCGAGCACUCGCGCCUACACUCGGGCGAGAAACCCUACCAGUGCGACAAAUGUGGCAAGCGCUUCUCCCACUCCGGCUCUUACUCGCAGCACAUGAACCACCGAUAUUCCUAUUGCAAACGGGAAGCGGAGGAGCGCGAGGCAGCCAAGCAAGAAAACCACAACAACGGUGGACCAUUGGAGCCUACGGAGCUCCUGAUGCGGCGGGCUUACCUGCAAGGCCUUGGGCCUCUGGGCUUUUCAGAUCCAGAGGAUCAGGCUGAGGACAUCACACGACAAAACACCAUCUUAAGAGACGGCACUGAGAGCGGGGCAAGGGAGACGGAAGAGACGUAUCCGGAAGUGACUGACAGGCAAGAGACAGGUUUGAUGGAAGAAGAGGAAAUGGAAGGGCAGAGGUUUGACACUCGUAGCCCUGACGGGACAGCAAAAGAUGAGAAAGAGAGUGAAGUGACUGGAGGGACAGAGGAUGAAAGCUCGGAGGAGGGAAAAAGAAACCCUGACGGCGAGAACGAGGAUGCCGAUUAACUACUGCAUUUCGGAAUAAGCUUCUUUUUCGUUUACUCAAAAGCUUGCAUCGCACCCUUCUUCCGCUCCUUUUGGAGGGACUUUGAGCCAGAUUCACAAUUAAACCACACACACUGCCACGUCUUGAGCGUGCGCCUGAGACGAAAACAAAGAGUGGAACUCCAAAAUCAGGCCUCACAUGAAGGAAUCCAUAUUAUGCAAAAACACAAGUGAAAACGAUUGUCAGAAUGAAAAACAAAAGAGGUUUUUAAAUUGUACAGAGUUUUCAACCAGAAAGCUGUGCGGUGCUGAUUUCCGUAUAACUCCUGUGUUUCAUUGUGGUCGUAGCACAAGCCUGGAAAUUGCACUCUGAAAAAAAAAGAAACAAGUGUGAGAAAAAAGGAAAAUUAAAAAACACAAAAAAUAAAACGAACAAAAAGGUAAAAAAAAAAAAGAGAGAAGAAAACAUUGCCUAUAUGUACUUAUACUGCGCUUGAAGACGCAGUGGUGUGUCAGUGUUAUAUUUCGUCUAUCACUUACUGUGAUACCCUUGGUUUUACCUUUCUUUUCCUGACCAGCCAUUUGAGUUUGGCGUCUCACCAUGGCUUUUUUUUAAGAAGCGACAUUAACUAAAUAAUACCUAAAUGAUUCUUAAACGUACAAAGUCUUAAAGUUGGCCAGGGGUGGACGGAAAGAGUCUGGGUAACUGUAUUGACGGAGGCUCAUUGUAUGAGGCAAUGUCAGAACCCCUGUGUUUUAUUUCUAUUUUGUUUUUCGUUCGAGAAAAGCCUUAUAUGCAAACCCUUUCACCUGUGUUUUCUGCAAGUGCCAUCCUUGUACAGUAUAAAGCGAAGUCAACUAGUGUUCUCUUUGCACCUGCUUUAGUAUUAAAAGAACUAUUUCACCUUGUCGUUUGAAAUACCUACGUCAGUAUUAGUAUAUCUAGACUGCAGUUGUUUAGUUUACAUAUUGUUUGUGCAAUUUUCUGUAUUUUUAUUUUUUAUUUUAAGAUCAUCUGUCAGUAUUAUCUUGGUUUGUUUUUGUUUUGUUCAAUACAAAAUUUGUUUUUAUUUUAAACUACCAUUUUAUUUAUGUGACUCAUUUUAUAUUUCCUAAUUAUAUUUAUUUCAUACUGUAGUGUACAGUAUUAUAGUUCCUUGAUAUAGAUAUAUUUUAGUAAAUAAGGAUCCUUAAAAGUGGAGCAAAUUUUACGUAAAGAGAGCAUUUAUUGUAUCGGGAGCAAUCGCUGUGAGUUGCUCUUCAUACUACACUUAUCUGAUGAAGGAGAAUCUACAAUUUGGGAACUUUUGAUACAAUAUUGUGAAAACACUGUAUUUUUGACUGAAAGGAAAAAAAAUUCCACUUUAUUCAUCUUAUUUGUUUUUCCUUUUUUCCCUUUUUUAGCUAAAGAAAUAAAGGGGGGCUGUGGUUGUUGGGAUUUUUUGAAAUGUCUGUUGAAUAUAAUUUAAUUUUUAAUUUGUAAUUUCUCUUGAAAACGAACUUGCUCGAAUAAAUGUAGCCCAAUUUAAUUUUGAAA